AGUCUUCUCUUGGGUCGUGGUGCUGAUUUGUCGCUGCCUGUCCAAUCCCUUUUAUAAGUUACAUGCGGUUUGACUGACUUUCGUUUUUGAAUAUUUUUUUUACAAUUUUCGUUUUGAAUUUUUUUGUGCUUUACAAAAUAUUGACACACUAAAGUUUUAGUACAGUAUUUACCUUCGAAAUAUUGUUUUUAAUUUUGGUUAAAACCAACUCAUGAAUAAAAUUCAUUAGAUUCAUAUCUAAAGACAUGGUGAAACGUUUGAUUGACGGUGCCAGCAGCGGCACAUCAAGUGGAAGUGAGGGGAACAAGGAGAACACCCCCUCCAAGACGGUUGGACUCUCCAGGCGUCAGAAGAAGAAUUAUCGCGGACGCCGUGAGGACAGCUCCUCACCCGGCACUACAGUGAAGAAGAAAUCUGUCACCAGUGGUCGACUCACCAAAAGUUUGCUCAACCACGACAUCAACAAACAGUAUGCCAAGCUUUGUUGGAAGGGCGUUUCCGGUGGGGACAUGUCAAUCAUUCAUCACUUGAAGAAGCAUGUCCUAAACCCCGAUGACCUCCUCUGGAUGGGAUACCCGGUGGAAAGCUCCACGUAUCCAGGCCACGCCAUCGUAUACAAACCAUCCUUGGACUACUCCAAGACCAUCCACAACACUCACCACUACAACAGAAGCAAAAGUCCAAUGAAGACAGCGGCCAGUGAGCAGUCCGAUCAACCCAUCAUGGGGUUUGAUGUGAACGCAAGGGAAUUCGCGCCCAAAGUCGUCAACUAUGGGACAACACUCAUCAAACGGAACUCAGACCCGGACUUCAAGGCACAGAUUCCUGCAGCAACAUCCCCGAAGAAGAUGUGUGCCAAUGAGUGCCAAGCAGCAAGGAAGUGUGUCAGGUGUGGGAAGGAGUACUUUGUCUCUCAAGAUGGCAGCUAUUUGACCACAGAACAAUGUGUCUAUCACUGGGGCAAACUGCGGACUCAGUUCGAUCGCAACUCUUUAUAUGAGUGUUGCAAGGGGGAGCAAAAUACGAAAGGCUGCACCACGGGGAAACUACAUGUAUGGAAUGGGCUACAUGAGAACUGUUUCAAUCCUCUGCCUGGUUUCGUUAAGACUCGGCCCAGGAAGACACCUCUCCCGGAAAGUCUAGGUCUCAGUGUAUAUGCCAUCGACUGUGAGAUGUGCUACACCACACAAGGAUUUGAACUGGCAAGGAUCACCGUGGUGAGUUCUGAUGGGAGACUCGUGUAUGAUACCUAUGUCAGACCUGAGAACGAGGUAGUCGACUACAACACCCGCUUCUCCGGAAUCACGGCCAAUGAGAUCAACAAGCAGGGCGCGUCCAAGGUUCUCCGAGAGGUCCAGAACGAUUUGAUGGGUUUCAUCUACGCGGACACGAUCCUCAUUGGACAUGGCGUGGAGAACGAUCUAAUUGCUCUAAAAAUGAUACAUACUACGAUCAUUGACACUGCGUAUGUGUUCCCGCACUUCUUCGGAUUGCCUUAUAAGCGUUCGCUGAAGUCACUAGUGAAGUUCUGCCUGAAGCGUGAAAUUCAGAUGGAAGCGACUGGUCACGACAGCUUCGAGGAUGCCCGUUCGUGUCUCGAGCUGAUGCUGUGGAAAUUGCAAGAGGACCACGCCCAAUCGUCCGUCUUGUCGGCCAAUAGACUGUGAUAACUAACUUACUCUACUGCCAAACAUUGGGACAAUUCACUGCUCUUCAUCAUCCCACAUUUAAUUCCCUCUUGUGAUAAUCAACUAUUCCAAUUGUUUCUCCAACAUAUCACAUCAGUUUCACCUGUGUAUACUAAAAAAAAACAAUUCGACUGAAAAACUGUGUACAAGGUGGAACUAGUACUGAAGUCAUGUAAAAAUUACAACUAUAUAUCAUCAAUGUGCCUUUUCAGUUUCACUGUGACUUAGACUGUAAUCAUGUUAGAAUAAUAACUUCCAUUUUACUAUUAUUACAAUCAUAGUAAUGACAAAAUAUUGUCAAUACAAGUCGAUUCAUUGUUUUACUGUUACAAUCGUAAAAAUGACUUGAACUGACAAGAUUGUCACUCGUCGAAUCAUUUCACUGAAAUUGGCAAAAUAUUGUCAAUACAAGUUGAAUCAUUUCAUUGUUACAUUGACAAAUCAUUGUCAAUACAAGUCUAUUCAUUAUUUCUAUGACUAAAACUAUUGACAGAACUUUGCAGUUACCGUACAUUAUCGAGUGACAUGUUUGAAUAAUUGAAACCAGGAAUGAUGUUGAUAUUAAACCACGACUAUGGUCAAUUUCUUUCAACUUUCAAAACACACACUUGUAUCUUGGUACGAUUGUGUUUUUUAUAAGCUUAAACCUAAUCGAUUGUAGUCGAUGUAUAAUCUUAACAGUCUGCUAGGUUAGGAUUUUUCAAUUUUUGUACUAGGAAUCUUGUGUCACAAAUUGUAGCACAAUUUGCUCCUACAAAUCCAUCCAGUUUUGUAAUAAUUUCUCACUACUUUUGAUAAUUGUAGUGAUAUAUUGACUGAAUUUCAUUGUUCUAUCAUACAGCCAGACCAAAUAAUAUCGCACACUUUUCCAUUUUUCCUUUCAUAUUACUUAAUUUGUGUCGAUAUCUUAUUGAAAUUCACAAUCAUUACCAC